CUAGCUUCCCGCGUCGGUUUGUUUCCCGAGCGACCCUAAACUAGAAGUCUGAUCCAACUUAACUAAACACCACACGAAUCGCUCACGACACGAGCCGCUGGCAACACUCUCAGCGGCACCGCAUAUCAUUUUCUGAUGGUGAACCCUUAUCUAUGAAAUCGAGUCCCCUGAGGCGGCGAUCACCUACCUAAAAUCGGAGACACUCGUUAUAGUUGUCUCUUUCGCCGUAUUGCACCUGCGCGCCGACUGAGCUCCACUAAGCAACGUAUUCUCGCCUAGUGACGGCAUGGAUACCGGCGAGGAGACGACAUUAUCCAACCGGCCGAAUACAAAGCUGCUUCCUAUUCCCAAAGGGUUUCGAAUCCAGAAGCGUCCUCUGCCGCGCCAGUCCCUCUCGCACCCCGUGUCGCGCGAUGGAGUCCCAGACGCCGACGGCUACAUGCCGGGCCCCCGCGCGUCGCACACAGUGGUCAUCAACGUGGCGGCCAAGACGCCAUUCAUGAGCCUCGUAAAGCGCGUGCGCAAGGCUCUCGAGAAUGGGCCGGAAAAGACAAAGGGGCUGUCGCUGGCGGCGCGCAUGGCGGCACUACAGGCCGUGCAACGGAACGACAGCAACAGCGCCCGGGCGAAUGGCGGGUCGGCUUCGUCUACUGGGAUUCUUACCGACUCGCUUGACGACGUGGUCAUGGUCGCCACGGGCCGCGCGAUCCAGAAAGCGGUCGAGGUCGGCGCCUUCUUCACGCGCGAGAAGGAGUUACUGGUGGUGCCGCGCACGCGGUCGCUUGCAGUCAUCGACGACAUUGUCUUGGACGACGACGCCCUCAGUGGCGGCGAGGCGGACCAGGAGGACAAGGUACGCGUGCGCAACACCAGCGCUCUCGAGAUCGGCGUCCGCUGGCGUUUGUCUUGAUCGACCGGCCUACCAAACUAGUGUGACUAGCCUUUUGUUCCAUUGGACAACGGCUACGUAAUACCACUUUGAUAAAACAUACAUCGCCCCACAAACGGCGGCGGUCUCCGAAUGACAUUUAUAGCAUAACGCAGCUUCUGAAGUGUGACGACGGGUGGGAGUGAUGCUUGAUCUCGAUGGCGUUUUGGUUGGGUCGUCCAUUUUGAGAUUUCAUCCGUCUCCGAAAAGGCGGUAUCGAAUCGAUGUCGUCAACACAAGAUGGAAUGGUGGAUGUUUGAGCUUGCUGCUACACCGGAAAUGGGGAAAUUGGGGGUGCAUUUGGAAUAUUUUUUGUUUGCAGGACAAAUCUGUAUGUUCUUGCAAGGGGUGGUUUCGCAAGUAUUUCACGACAUGAAAGCAUUGUCUACUAGGUUUUCACCAGGUUGAGAACAGUCACUCAAGAUACCCAAGCCUGAUCAGAGGGCCUAAAAAUCAU